AUGCGGGAUCCCAUAACACAAAUACUUGACAAGGUCGAAAGUGAUGCAAUAAAUGUGAUGUCCAUGAUCCUGAGCAUCCAUCCAUCUGCUACCGAUCUGGUUCUGGAACGUCAGGGUAUCAUCGAAGUUGACAUACCGAACGAAGAUUCCAACUUCGACGCCGAAAUACCUCUCGAAAGCCCACAGAGUCCUCGUACAACAACCGGUGAAGAUCUCACACAGUCAAGGGAUUUUGUCACGCCUUCCUACAUUCAGGAUUCCAUAUCCCGGAGGAAUACUCCAGAGCAAGUAACCAUUCACCAAACUGAAAUGACGCCCCAUUCGCCCACCCCUAGUCACAGUCGGCCAACACCCAUGUACUCACCCAAUAUUUCCGAAGACAGUAUGCAGUAUCGGAGACUUAUCGAUAACGUGCUAGUGGCUGCACGAAGAGCCAUGUUUCCCUCAAGUGGGACAUUCAAUAUGAGCGAGCUAAAUGAAGCUCUACCAGCAGAGGAAGGCCGCCAUCAAUUCGAGGGCUUCGAUGGUAUUGGAGUGAGGGGUGCAUUCCGCUCAGAUAGCCAGAUUGAAAGAGACCGGAAGAUUGGGGCUGCGGGAGAGCUUUAUGUAUUUGAGCUUCUCGCUAGACUGAACCCACCAUUAACGGACUGGAGUGAGCGAAACUGGCAAAGCACAAUUCGCCGAUAUGUCACGGUUCAUCCAGACUAUGCCGACAUGGGGCCCUGGUACGGGAGGGAGACGGCCGACAUUACUUAUGAAGAUAGAGCGGGUGAAUUUACAGCCUUGCUUAUUGAUCGUGGGUACCUUGAUGUCGAGGAAUGGGCCGACAAGCGUCCGAAAUAUUUCAUUGAAGUCAAGGCAACGACAGGGCCUAUGGGUCACCCCUUCUUUAUGAGCAAGAAUCAGUAUGAGAGAAUGAGAGUUAUCCACAACAAGGAUGACUAUUCAGAGGUGUAUUUGGUUUUCCGUGUGUUUGAUAUUCGGGGGAAUAAUGUUGGAAUGAGUGUGUAUCUCGACCCGGAACAGCUAAAGCUAGAUGGGGGACUGGUUUUUACUGGCGAAACUUGGUCAGUCGUUCCUGGCUAGUGGGGCCAACUUUAGAGGAUUUCUUUUCGUCUCUUUCGUGUGUGGGUUACGAACCUCAACCC